ACUGCAAUUCUUUUCCUUCCCCUUGGUUUUUCCUUCUUUCCUCGCACAAGCACAUAAACUAAACGAGAGAGUGCCGACACCUGCGGAAGCUCAGAUCAGCCUCCGUCAACACAGCCCAAAGGAGGGAGCAGUCAUAGAGUUGGUUAAUGCCACGCAUUGGAGUUGAGCGAUCCUUUUCAGUAGAGAAUUUCAUCCUCUUCCAAUCAGAGACUUCCGAGUACUCAGGCCGGCGGAAUCUGCUCAAGAAAUAAUGGCAGCAGAAACUACAAGUGGCUGCGAUGGUGUUUCUCAAACCAAUUGUGGACGAAAGUCCUUAAGAGACCUUCGUCAAUCGUUCUGAAAGAGCUCUAAGAGGAAGAACAAGAAGAAGAAGGCGCGCGCAAACGACAUGAGGGGAGAGUUGUCUGCCAUUCUGUUCCUGCUCCUGCUCGCAUUCUCAGUGGCCACUUUCACUUCCUACAAUGGCAGUGGCACAAGCUCCGCUGCCCUCUCCUUCUUUCGUCUCUCCCCUGUGACUAUGUCUGAUUCUGCUCCAGCUCCUACUGAUUCUGCUGCCGCGCCGAUGCCUGCGCCACCCACCCACUCUGCCCCUGCACCGAUGCCUGACUCUGCCCCUGAAAUGCCCAACGCCACACUCGACACCGCCUCAAAUGCUUCAGCGAUCACAGUGGGAAUAUUACCGACUCCAUUAAGGAAGACGAGAGGCAGCGAUGUUGAGAUGAAGAGGUUGGAGAAGCUGGAGGAGGGUCUUGCCAGGUCGAGGGCGGCCAUUAGAAGCGCUGUUCUGGGGAGAAACUGCACUUCUGAUCGGAAGCGCCGGGGCUUCGUGCCGAGGGGUCCCAUCUACCACAACUCUUAUGCAUUUCAUCAGAGCUACAUAGAGAUGGAGAAGAGGCUGAAGAUAUGGAUCUACAGGGAAGGGGAGCCACCCAUUUUCCACGAUGGUUCUAGCAUGGGCCUGUAUUCGAUAGAGGGCCAAUUCAUCCAAGAGAUGGACAAGAAGAGGCUCCGCUUCAUCACCAAUGAUCCAGAGCAGGCCUUGAUCUACUUCCUCCCAUUCAGCGUUGAAAGAAUGGUCAGGUUCUUUUACAAGAAGGGCAGUACUGUGAACGUUGUAAAACUCAUCUCGGUCGUGAUCAGUGAUUAUGUCCAGGUGGUAGCAAACAAAUACCCGUAUUGGAACAUCUCGAACGGUGCAGAUCAUUUCAUGGUUGCCUGUCAUGACUGGGCGCCAAAAGCUACAGUAAAAGAAGAAGCCGUCAGAAGUUUGAUCAGGGUGAUGUGCAAUGCCAACACCUCGGAAGGCUUCAACCCUAAAAAGGAUGCACCGCUCCCGGAAUUCAACUUCUUGUUUCGUCUCCCCACAGUCGUUCGAGUCCCAACUCCACCUUCCUCAAAAAAGAUGUUGGCAUUCUUUGCAGGAGGCAACCAUGGUUCUGUCAGAAACUUCCUCUUCCAACAGUGGGAGGGCAAGGACUCCCAAAUUCAGAUAUUUCAACACUUGCCAAGACGAAAAGGUUAUACUCAACACAUGAUGAACGCCAAGUACUGCCUCUGCCCAAGUGGGUAUGAAGUUGCCAGUCCCAGGCUCACUGAAUCUAUACUGGCUGGUUGCGUGCCAGUGCCGAUUUCCGACGGCUAUGUGCUCCCCUUCAGUGAUGUUCUAGAUUGGUCUCAGUUUUCGGUUUCAAUUCCAGUUCGAAAGAUACCCAAACUUAAAGAAAUUCUGAUUAACAUUCCUGAACAUUCAUACUUGAAGUUGCAAGCAAAUGUUAUGAAGGUCCAGCAGCACUUUGUGAUUAAUGACCCUCCCAAGAGGUUUGAUGUUGUGCAUAUGUUGUUUCAUUCCAUAUGGCUCAGAAGACUUAAUGUGAGGUUAUUUGAUUUGUAGUCA